AUGGGUGACAACAUUAAGCAAAUCAACAUUUGGCAAGACAAAGCUUCUUCCGCUGCAGCCCGACGCGAUGCCAGUCUCGCCAAAGUCGAGCCCAAGCUUGAGGGCAUCCCCGAAGUUCUACCCCUCAGUUCCCAGGAGCUGCCAAAGUCCGUCUUGACGCCUCGGGAACUCGAAAUCACGGAGAAGUAUUCCGUCACAGAGCUGCUCAAGAUCCUCCGAGAGAGGAAGAUCUCAGUUGAGGAGGUGACGCGAGCCUUUUUGCGAAGAGCAGCGUUGGCCCAAGUUGCGACCAACUGUCUCACUGAGCUACUCUGGGAUCAAGCCAUCGCCCGUGCCAAGGAGCUCGAUGCCCUACCUGAGCCCAAGGGCGCUUUCUUUGGCCUCCCCAUCUCCACUAAGGAGCACCAUGGCAUGGUUGGCGAAAACGUCGUCACCUCUGCCUCAUUCGCCGCCUGGGUCGAUAAAAAACACGGUUCAAAUCUGCUCUACGACAUUCUGUACAGUGAAGGAUGCGUCUUUUUUGCCAGAACAACGCAGCCGCAAACGAUUAUGCACCUUGAGACGAGUAGCAAUGUGUACGGCCGGACUGUGAACCCGUACAAUCGCGAUCUGACACCCGGAGGAAGCUCUGGUGGCGAGUCUGCACUGGUCGGCAUGCGUGGAAGUCUUCUGGGUGUUGGUGGUGAUAUUGGAGGCAGUGUUCGGUGUCCAUCCGCUCAUGUCGGCAUCUACGGCUUCAAACCAACUGCGAAGCGCAUCUCUGUCUUUGGGCAGAGAGCCAACAUGGCCGGCAAGGAGACCAUCCUUUCCACUCCAGGACCGAUGACCGUCGAGCGCGAUGCUAUUGAGCUAUUCAUGAAGGUCGCCGUCGCUGCCGAGCCGUGGCGCAUUGAUCCAUCCCUUACAGUCAAGGAAUGGAAACCGUACCACUUCACGAAACCCCUCAAGAUCGCUGUGCAGUGGUGGGACGGCAUUGUCCAGCUUCAUCCACCCAUGAGGCGCGCAUUGGAAGAGGUUGUGGCCGCAUGUAAAAAGGCGGGCUUCGAGGUGGUUGACUGGAACUGCGAGUCUCUCGGUCAUGAUGAGGCCUGGGACAUCAUUUCGGGGCUCUAUUGGCCUGACGGUGGCGAGGAAGUCAUGAACCUGAUGAAUGAGACGGGGGAGCCCAUAUUGCCUCUGACGAAGUUCAUUAUCGAAGAACAGCCGAGCGUCAAGAAAAUGACUGUGCAUGAACUCUGGGAGAUUUGCGCUCGACGAGAUGCGUAUCGCGCAAGAUACGCCAAAGCUUGGACAGACACCGCAGCCAAUGGCGAACGUGAAGUCGAUGUCAUUCUGUGUCCUCCUUCGUUUGGCGCUGCCGCUCCUCACGAGCAGUCCCGCUACUGGGGCUACACUUCACAGUGGAACCUCCUGGACUACCCGGCUGUUGUCUUCCCCGUCACCACUGUUGAUCCUACCAAGGAUGUCAAGGACCCGAACUACGUGCCGAAGAACGAGAAGGACCGAUUCGUGUAUGAGAUGUACAGCCCGGAGAAAUAUGUCAACGCGCCGGUGAGCUUGCAGAUUGUUGGACGACGGCAAUAUGAUGAGAAAGUAUUGGCUGCGUUGGUGGAAAUCGAGCGGGCGAUGGGGAGACCAUGA